ACCUUCAUCCCUCCUUCCUCUCAUCCCUUCUUUUGGGUGGUCUUCAAUUCCCUCGUGCGACUCGAUCGCACUGCCAUUCUUUUGAAACUUGACCCUCCCUCUUCCCCUCCACACGCCAUCGGUCUCACUCCUUUUGACCGUUAGAGACUGGACCUGGAAUCCGCGUGCACUGUCGGGAACCCCUUUAUCGCGCCUUAUCUUGCCAGGAAGCAAGCCUACCUGUGUGACCCGCAGUUGUCCUGACUCGCCUCCGCUCUCUUGGAUACUAUCUUGCCAAAAGCAAGAGAAAACUAUUCUACAAUCCCGGGGAGUGGUGACCCUGAAGGACUUUAUCGCCCGUCAUGUCUUUCCUUAACAUCCUGGCCCUCAUCGUGGCCCAAAUCUACUUAGUGGCUGCUCAGACCUCGACCACUUGCAACCCCCUCAACACCACAUGUCCUGCGGAUCCCGCCUUGGGUACGACAUUCUCCUGGCAAUUCAACUCGACGCUCGACUCCAAGAUUUGGGAAACCACCAACGGCGAGAUCGCUAUCACCGACGAUGGCGCGAAUUUCACCAUCGCCAAGAAGAUGGACUCCCCAACCAUCAAGUCGACCUUUUAUAUCUUCUUCGGCGUCGUCGAGUCCUGGGUCAAGAUGGCCAAAGGUGGCGGUGUGAUCAGCAGUAUCGUGUUGGAAUCUGAUGACCUGGAUGAGAUCGACUGGGAGUGGGUAGGCUACAACACUAGCUCGGUACAGUCCAACUACUUUGGCAAGGGUAACGACACGUCCUUUGACCGCGGAGGCUUCCACUACGUUCCCAAUGCCGAUACCGAAUUUCACAACUACACCACCCACUGGACCUCUGAGAAACUGGAGUGGUGGAUUGACGGGACAUUGGUGCGAACACUGAAGUACGAAGAUGCCUUGGACGGCAAGAACUAUCCGCAAACCCCAUGUAACCUCCGCUACGGUGUCUGGCCGGGUGGUGACCCGAGCGAGCCCAAGGGUACAAUCGAAUGGGCGGGUGGAGAGAUUGACUACGGCGCCGGUCCAUACAACAUGGUCGUCCAGAAGGUCCGCGUGCAGGACUUCCAUACCGGUAAGGAGUACCAAUACACCAACCAUACCGGCUCGUGGGAGAGCAUCAAGGUCGUAUCGGGCAAUUCUACGGCCGUGGAGGAAUUGCACAAGGCUCCCAAGAAGACACUGUCUCAGAAAUGGGCUGAAUUGCCCAACGGCGCCAAGAUUGGUGUUUAUGCUGCCUCUGCAGCGGUCGGCGCCAUGCUCCUUGCUGGCUUCAUUCUCUUCUUCGUGCGCCAGCGCAAGAGGGGCCGUCUCGAACACGCAUUGGAUGACGCCAAGUGGAACACCGAGCGGACGGAGAUGGACAACUUCCAAUCAAAUUGGAAACAGAGUGAAUGGAGAAGUAGAUCGGGCUACAAACCGGUAGCAUAGCCGGGUUUCGGUCAUCUAGACCGAUGGGCCCCGCGUUCGACGAUGAAAAUGAAGGCUUUACUUACACACUCUGGUUGCGCAAGUCUCGAUCUCUGGUUCCUUGCUGCCCCGGUCGGCACGGUAUCGUUGGGACAAAACGGACCAGCCUCGCUCCUGCUUUGCUGGCCAAGGCUGCGCGCGAGCCGUUCUUGCCUCUUGAGCUUCUGGUGAUCGUGCAUCUGUUACUGCCACGAACUUCUUCUCUCGACCUUCCUUGGUCUUUU